AAGUAUUAGGCGGUGCUACUGUAAAGGCUUGUGUGAUAGAACACAACUGUUCCAUAGAAAACCAAAAUGACUGUAGUAACCUUUCCGGUAGUAUUUUCCUUGUUUGUGCUCUUAGCUACAAGCCGUAGCGCGGAAGAGCCGAAGUUGAAAAUAAAACCUCCUGACCGUCAUCCAGUUAGGCUUUUUACCGAAGAGGAGAUCGCGAAGUACGAUGGACAAGAGGAAGAACAUCCCAUUUAUAUGGCAGUGAAAGGAGUGGUAUUUGAUGUUUCUACAGGAAAUGAGUUUUAUGCAAAAGGUGCUCCGUACAAUGCACUUGUAGGAAAAGAUGCCACAAGAGCAGUUGCAAAGAUGUCUCUGGAUCCAGCAGACCUCACUCAUGACACAACCGGGCUUACAGAAUCACAGCUGGAGUCCUUGGAAGACAUUUUUAAUAAUGUGUACAAGGCCAAGUAUCCAAUUGUUGGAUAUAUGUCUUAUCGAAUUCUUAAGGAGGAUGGUAGUCCUAGAGAAGACUUUAAGCCAGAAGAUCAACCUCACUUUAGUAUCAAAGAUGAAUUUUGAUUUUUGUUGCACAGCUACAUGUAGGUGCAUUGUAUGGCUGUUGUGUUGCAUUUUGUAAUACAGAAGAUGAGGACUAUGAGUGAAUAUUUUGUGGAGCAAUAACUUAGUUUAGAACCUGGAACAGCAACUCUUACAAAAAAACAAUUAACACCAAGUUCCUUUAGUAUUGUUUACAUAGUGGUACUGUAUGUCUUGAGGAAUGUUGUAACUCUGGGUAUCUAACAACUUUUGGACAACUUUAGAAAGAAAAUGAAUAACUGAAAGUUUAAAAAAAUGCCAGACUAAUGAGCUUUGAGAUUUUAUGCAGACCUAAGUUUUCCCACACACUUUAGGUUGAGAAGGUUGCUUUACCAAACAAAACUCCAGGUUUUCAUUCCCAAAAACUGGUGUUUCUUACAGACACAGACACACACACACACACACACACACACACACACACACACACACACACACACACACACACACACACACACACACACACACACAAUCUCUCAUACAGCUAGAAGCACAUUCUAGAGGUACUAUAUCUUAACAUUUGGAAUUCUGUUUGGUAGUAGAUAUGUCUUCAUACAAAUCGUACAAACCAAUAAAAUGCUACACAGGACAAAAUUGCUUUGCACCUAUUACUUUAUUAUUCUUAUACAUUCCAGAUUGUAGCCUUCCAGAAUUGCAUAGGUUCAUUGUGAAUGUACUGGUACAGUAAAGGUCUCUAGUGUUUUUUGUAGACUUACAGUGGGAAGUACAGUAACAGUUUGAAGUAAGCAGGGCAUGAGUUUUGGACUAGGUCAAGACUCCAAAUAAGAUUUCAGAAACUGUUAACAUUUGAGCAGGCUGUCUAGUCGCUAUAUAACUUCACACAGGAAAAAAGCUUUAAUUUAGUUUAUCUGCUCUGAAAGGUACACAACACAUUAGUCAUCACAGUUGUGUGUUAAUGCAUAUGAAUAAUAGUCUUCUGUGAAGCUUCUAAUUUUCCUAUUUGGAAGCACAUUUUGUUUGGAGGUGGUAACUUUUACGUAUAAGAAAAGUUUGUUGCUGAACUGAUGUUAUUCUGUGGAGGUGUAAGCCUUUUUCCUUUUUCCAUCCAGACAGAGUUCCAGUGGUUAAAUGUCUGUCUGUGUUGGUGGACAGUAAACCAACCAAUGCCAAGACGUUGCUUCUCAUGGGAAACUGAUUGUCCCUUGACAUCUGUAAUAUAGCUUGCUAUUUAUUCUGAAGGCAAGAUAUAGUGCCAGAUUCCAAAAGUGUAAGUGACUUCACUUCAGUGUAAUACAUCAUAGUAAGUCAGUUACAGUGAGAAGUCUUGGAAUUGGGCCUAUACAAUGCUUUCCUGAGGGCCGCGCAAUUAUAGCUUGAUUAUGGGUCUGCUCUUGCAUGGAUAUUCUAGUAAAUAAAAUACCAUUCACCCAUUUAAUAUUACUUACAAACUCCAGUGUACCGAGAGGUGUGAUGUGAUGUAAUGUUCUGUGUAGGGGGCCUUGUAACCUGCAGUCCACAACUUCUUAUACUGUUUUGGAUUUAAAUAUUACCCUGUUUCAGAUGUAAGGUCUUGGAGAUGGUCAGACACAUGUAGCAUGUGCGGUAGUACCACUUGUACCUUCUGAAGCAAAUCACUGCAUCAUUUGUGCCUUCCUACUGAUCAUAUGCAAUAGGUAACUUCACAUGUAGUACUGUGGCAGGGGGGAGGGUCUAGAGACUGGGUGAAUUAAAGAAAUCCUGGCGUAGUUUAUAAGGUAUUCAUGUGACAGCUUAUGUAUACAAGCAUCCUACGUAGCUAGGGAAAACCUUUUGUAUUUUCUUCAUUUGUCAGAAAUGUAGAGUGCCACUUUUAGGGAGCCCUCAGAAGUAAAGAUUAUGAUUUUCUGUCAUGUAUUUACAAAGAUGGAAGACAAAAGUGUAUAUAUGCAAUAUGACCAGUUAAAUUGUUUUUGUGUUCUGUGUGGCUACAUUGCUGUUUUUAAUUUUGACCGCUUAGUGGUCAAAAACAUGGAUAUACUGUUUGUACUUGUUCCUUUUUCUUUUGAAAAUAUUGAAGUACUGUAAGAACUGUAAUUCAGUCGACAUCACUGGUACUUUUUUUAGGGGGGGGGGGUCUCUCACUAUUAGUAUAUUGCAAUACUGUUUACAAAUCUUAGAUUAUUGUGCCUGUGAACUGACUAAAGUUCUGACUAAAAUUUACCUGAAACUGAACAGUAAAUACAAAAGUAAAUGUUUUGUGGAAAAUG